GUGGCUGACUCAGGGGCUUUUUUGGGCUCAGAAUGGAGGGGUGCAUGCUGAUUGUGAGCAUGCAAAAAAGAAGGCUAAAACGAAGUCACCACUCAAAGGUGGGAACGAUAGUGGAAAAAACCAACUGGGGAAGGGGAGAUGCAGUUAAAGACUUGAUGCUUCGCUUUCUGGGUGAAAAAGCUGCAGCAAAGAGACAAGUCCUAAAUGCCGACUCAGUGGAACAAUCUUUUGUUGGAUUGAAACAGCUAAUCAGCUGCAGAAACUGGAGGGCAGCAGUGGACCUGUGCGGACGUCUCCUCACAGCCCACGGCCAGGGCUACGGCAAGAGCGGGCUGCCCACCAGCCACACGACAGAUUCACUGCAGCUCUGGUUUGUGAGGCUGGCACUACUAGUGAAGUUGGGCCUUUUCCAGAAUGCUGAGAUGGAAUUUGAACCCUUUGGAAAUCUUGAUCAGCCAGAUCUUUAUUACGAGUACUACCCACACGUGUACCCUGGGCGCAGGGGCUCCAUGGUCCCCUUCUCGAUGCGCAUCUUGCACGCGGAGCUUCAGCAGUACCUGGGGAACCCACAGGAGUCGCUGGAUAGACUGCACAGGGUGAAGACCGUCUGCAGCAAGAUCCUGGCCAAUUUGGAGCAAGGCUUAGCAGAAGACGGGGGCAUGAGCAGCGUGACUCAGGAGGGCAGACAAGCCUCUGUCCGGUUGUGGAGGUCACGUCUGGGCCGGGUGAUGUACUCCAUGGCAAACUGUCUGCUCCUGAUGAAGGAUUAUGUGCUCGCCGUGGAGGCGUACCAUGCGGUUAUCAAGUAUUACCCAGAGCAAGAGCCUCAGCUGCUCAGCGGCAUCGGCCGGAUUUCCCUGCAGAUUGGAGACAUAAAAACAGCUGAAAAGUAUUUUCAAGAUGUUGAGAAAGUAACACAGAAAUUAGAUGGACUACAGGGUAAAAUCAUGGUCUUAAUGAACAGAGCGUUCCUUCACCUCGGGCAGAAUAACUUUGCAGAAGCCCACAGGUUCUUCACAGAGAUCUUAAGGAUGGAUCCAACAAACGCAGUGGCCAACAACAACGCUGCCGUGUGUCUGCUCUACCUGGGCAAGCUCAAGGACUCCCUGCGGCAGCUGGAGGCCAUGGUCCAGCAGGACCCCAGGCACUACCUGCACGAGAGCGUGCUCUUCAACCUGACCACCAUGUACGAGCUGGAGUCCUCGCGGAGCAUGCAGAAGAAACAGGCCCUGCUGGAGGCUGUCGCCGGCAAGGAGGGGGACAGCUUUAACACGCAGUGCCUCAAGCUGGCCUAGCUGCCUCCAGCAUACUAUGUCAGAAUGACUCGGGUCUUUGAAACUGUGUCCAUGAAGCUAAUGUAUUAAUGUGACACGGACUCAAUAAAACAGCUGCUUCACUGGUG